ACGCCUUCCUAUAAAUUUCGAAUCGCAAAUUAGGGUUUUCGUUUUCUUUGAAGGGGGCGUCAGUGUAUCCGCAGAGCUUAGAUUCGAUCGAAAAUGGUGAAGGGACGCCAAGGAGAGCGAGUCAGGCUCUACGUGAGGGGAACUGUACUCGGAUACAAGAGGUCAAAGUCUAACCAGUACCCGAGCACAUCCCUAAUCCAGAUUGAGGAAGUAAAUACCAAGGAAGAAGUUACAUGGUAUGCUGGCAAGCGGUUGGCUUACAUCUACAAAGCCAGUGUGAAGAGAAAUGGAACACAUUAUCGCUGUAUUUGGGGAAAGGUGACUAGGCCUCAUGGUAACAGUGGUGUUGUUCGGGCUAAGUUCAAGUCCAAUCUGCCUCCCAAAUCCAUGGGCUCUAGGGUUAGAGUCUUUAUGUACCCCAGCAAUAUCUGAGUUACUCGGGAUGUGUAUGCCAGAGGGACUUGGACGGAUUGUCUUGUGCUCUUUUACAGGCCGGCUUCAAAUGCCUUGCUUGUUUUUGAGCUGUCACUUUUUUUGUUUUGUUUUUGUUUAGGAUUGAUGGAACAUUUCUUUUGUGGUUUUUAGUAAUUCCUACUAAGAUAUUUCUGCCUCUUAAUUAUAACUGAUGAUACAUGUUUGAUUGAACAAGGGAGGUUAGCUAUUUCUUAUCAUACUUGCGUGAAUCUAGCUGGGCUGUUUUCUCUUA